CGGAAGCGGCUGCCGGGGGGCGCGCGGAGGUGGUCGUGCCGGCGGGGAGGCUGCGCGCGGAGGAAGUCUGGUCCCGCCGGCGCACCGUCGGGAAGCGGCCGCCAUCUUGUGCGGGAGGUGGCGGCGGCGCUGAGCUGCGCUGAGGAGCGGCGGUAGCGCCUGCCUCGCCUGCCCUCUGCCCGCCGUCCCGCUGCUGCGGCGCCAUGUCUGCCGAGAGCCCCGAGCCCGCCUCGGCCGAGGAGCAGAAGGAGAUGGAGGAUAAGGUGAUCAGCCCAGAAAAAGUUGAAGAAGCAAAAUUGAAAGCAAGAUACCCUCAUCUGGGCCAGAAGCCAGGAGGCUCAGACUUCUUGAGGAAGAGACUUCAGAAAGGACAAAAAUACUUUGAUUCUGGUGAUUACAACAUGGCUAAAGCAAAGAUGAAGAAUAAGCAACUGCCUACUGCAGCUCCUGACAAGACAGAAGUCACUGGUGACCAUAUUCCUACUCCUCAGGAUCUUCCACAGCGGAAACCAUCUCUUGUUGCUAGCAAGCUGGCUGGCUGACCAGAACACCUGAACUGCAUGAUUAUUCUCAUUCCUGUUAUUUCUCCUUAAUAGUUAUUUCUCACCCUCACAUCCCCCUUUUUCUUUCUUACACUAAGUCAUGAGACUGACAGCUUUGCCCGUAGCGAUAGCAUGUGCUGCUAUUGUAAAGGAGUACUGUUAAGAGUAAAACGUGUAGUAUUUGAACUAGUUGAGAACAAUGCACUGAUUAAAAAGGACAAGUUUGGUUAGAGCAAUGUAAUCUACUUGAAAAUGUACAUAUUGCCCAUUUCCUAGUGUAGGACUGGUUCCAGCAAGUGACAUUGCAAGUUUUACAACUUCUAAUGUUUCUGCUUUUGUUAUUUCAUCUUAAUUACAGCCUAUUUGUAUUUAAUAUAACCUCCAGUUGUGUUGGGUUUUUCUUCUGUGUUUGGGUUUGCUGUCUAAAAUAGAGGUUUAGACCACAAGUUGCUAGAUGGUAAAGCAUGUAUUAAAGAAAAAAGACAGGGCUCUGAUUGAAUUUUGUUUCUGCUUUUGAACUUGAACGGCCUUAAACCUGUUUCAGCUUUAACAAUAGAGUUUUUACUUGGGCAAUAUUUGCCCAUUCUGGUGUAACUCUUGUGAAUCUAGUGCUUCUUGACAACUGCCUGUUGAAGCUGGUAUGAUUUUCAGUUCUGUAGUUUAGGACACACUUUCGUUGAAGAUGUGAAUGAAGUGUGCAUGUGCAUAGACUGUUGAAUUCACUCUUGUGCCAUUUUUGUAAAUACAAUAGUUUUGCACAACUUUUUGCAAACGUCUAUUAGUUUUACAUUUAACAAACCAGACAACGUGCCAAUCAAAGCACAAGUAAUUCUGUAUCUUUCAAAGUCCUGUCCUGAAACUGAGAGCCCAGAAUCUUGCUACUGAAAGUAAAAUCUGAAAUUUAUGAAACACUUAUACUUACACUUGACUCAGCCUGUAUGUGCUUGCAGCUGCAUAUUUUGUUCUGCAACAACAUCCAGCAUUCAAGUAUAAACCUGGAAUUUGCCCUGCAAGUGCCCUUUCUGUUCAGCAGCUCAUCAGGCUUUUAAAGUUGAAAUGCACUGUCUGAUGACAUGAGAUGGCUAAAGGUCCUGGUCUAGAGUUUUCUGUGUGGCAAACUCCAAACCUGGGCUUGAUAAGGUUUGAUAGGCAGUUGUCUCUGGGCUAUUUUAGACUUCUGGAAGCAGAAGGGUGUAAUUUUUUUUUGUUUUCUCAUGGACUCAUGAAGUGUUAGUAAACUAACUCCUUUUUUCUUUGUUAACAUCAGCCUCUCAUUGGCUUUGGGGAAACAAAAGAACGGGAAGUGGUAUUUAUGUAAUGACCUACUGAGAAAUAGGGAACUUUUCAUGUCAGAAAAUGGGAAUGAACUUCAGUUCAUCUUUAUGAUGCAGGUCGUAAGUACUGGAUUGCCAAAAUGCAUAGUUGAUAUAAGACAGGUAACUAUGCAUUUAAAAGCAUGUUUGUUCAGUGAAAUCAGAAUAUUGAAAGUGCAGUAAGUAAUUGAUCUUAAUGGAGGUAAUCACAGCCUUGUUGUUCUUUGGAUUAUAAGAAACUCUUUAAAGAGAUCAGUUUAGUGAAUACUUUUUUAUUUUAGAGAAACGGUUCUGAAACAGCCUAUUAAAAGCAAAACACCACUAUGGUGUUACCAGAAAACACUCAAAGAUGCAUGUUUUUAGAAGGAUGUGCUUUUUGUUGACAUAUUAAGAAAGGUCUUGCAAGAUAAAGGACUGCUAGUCAAAAAACAACACUGGCUCAUGUUUUCUGCAGUGCUCUCUCCCAAAGGCAAAUAGAAGAAAAUGAUCAAGAGAAAGUGGAAAAUCUUGAUCUGGUUCUGCUUUGAUCAGAAUGUGGGCAAGAUAUAUUGGUGUCUAUAGAAUGUCUUAAAUUCAGAGUUGUUCCAGAGAAUUCCCAAAUUGCUAACCCACUUCUUUUGAAGUCUUUAUAGCCCAUUUCUAGUGAUUAAAUGGACUCUCUUAAGCCUGUUCUUACUCUUUAUUCUCCUCUAAUAUUAGGAGGAAUUUCUGAUUUUUUUUUUUUUUUUUUUUUUUUUUUUUUUUUGUUAAACAGGUUGAAGAAAUGGACUUAUCUUGACUUCCUUAAUAAAGAAAUUAGGCUGGGCAAAUAGCAAGGAAACCAGAUAUAUUGAAGCAAACUGCUUUUUAUAGUUGUUUGUCCUAAUGUGAAGAUCCCUCUUUAUUUUUGUAUGUAUAAAUGAAACUGAAACUUAAUGCUAGGACUGGGCCUGAAACAAAUUUUGAACCAUUUAAGGUGACUUGCUGUGUGCUGUCUGGUGCCACUCUUCUGUGGCUCACAGAGGGUGAGCUUUCUUGAUGUUUGGGAAGGUUUAACAAAAUAGCCAUGAAAACAUUCCACUCACUUAGCUGUGACUCAGCUUGUCCUGCUGGUUGGACAGCACAAGCUCUUCCGAUCACCUGGUGACAUGCAGCUCUUAAUAUUACUACCAGUUCAGCUAUGAAUAUAUUAUCCAUGUGUAUAUUUGAAGUACUGUAAUACUAACUAGGUCAACGACUGAUUAUGAGCCUUCACAUCUGACAGACCUCAGCAGCAGGCACAGCUAUUUUGAUUCUAUACACUGUAUAAAAUGUAAGUCCAAUAAUCACUUAACUGGAAAUCAAAGAUGACUGCAAAUCGAUGCUUGACUUUCAGCUUGCUUACAGCAAGAUAACUCAGCUAUCCAAACUUAUGUACAUAAUGUAUUAUAUGAGUUUUACCAUUUGAUAAUUACCUUUUUCAAAGAAAACCUGUCCACACUGUAGACUGGCAGUCCCUUUCAUAUCUUGCCUUGACAGAUAGACAGUGUUCAGUUAUUAGAGUAGUACUCAUGUAGGCUUAUAAUAGCAGAUAGCACCGAUGUUUUAUUCAGAAUAGUUAAGUGGAUUAAUUACAACUUCACAGAUAUGUCCCCAAAUCUGUAGCACCAAAGGCUUCCCUCUCAUUGUUGAUGUAGUAGGACAGUGCUUGUGUAAAGGCCACAGGAGUACAUUUUGUUGGACAUAUUUACACCCAGUCAAGAUGUUAAGGUGAUAAAAAUGUCAAUUGUUCUUUACAAACUUACACAUUGUAUAGUAUACAGAAUAAAUUGAUCUACUUAGUUUUUAUUGCAACAUGAAGAUUUGUCUUGUCUUUACUGUGGUUUCCUAAAAGAUGCUGCAUACUUCGGUAUUCCCUAUGGAAAAUUUCUAAAACCUAAAUCUUGCUACUCUGUAUCAUUAAAAAUAUGACUGGGCUUUGGUUUCUUCUAGUAUGUUAGACUACAGAAUUACUUUAAUGUAAUCACAUUUAUAUAUAUCUCAGUGCUUAUUUUUCUAAUAAGGCAAUUAAAGCUUAUUGUUUGAAAACUCCGUAA